UUCACCAAAGCAUUGAACUCACCAUCUCUUUCACAAGCUGCUUCUCUGAAAAUAACAAACAUUUGUUUCUGUCAUAUUUCUAUAAUCGUUUACUCUCUGAAAAUACAAGGAAACAUGAGCUGGUCUGGAGGAGAUUGGAUGUGUGGUGCUUGCCAGCACAUAAAUUUCAAGAAGAGAGAUUCAUGCCAAACUUGUGGGUACCCUAAAUUUGGAGGUCCUGAUCCAACAACUUACAGAUACAACUGGACUGAAACCUUGGCAGGGGACUGGUAUUGCACUUCUAUGAACUGUGGAGCUCACAACUAUGCCAGUAGAUCAAGCUGCUACAGAUGUGGUGCAUUGAAAGAUGGUUAUUCUUGCAGAUUUGGGGGAAACAUUGACCCCUGUGGAGGAUAUGCUUCUGAUUGUCCUCCUGGGUGGAAAACUGGUGACUGGAUUUGCAGUAGAAUUGGCUGUGGAGUCCAUAACUAUGCCAGCAGAACAGAAUGUUUCAAGUGCAAAACACCCAGAAAUUUUGGUGACGCCGACUGAGAGGGGAAAUUUGAACCACCGCUAACUUCACAUCUUUCUUUCUUAUGAAAACUUGUUUUCCCUAAUUAAGGCCUAGAGUAAUCAUGGACAAAGGUCCUUUUAUAGAGUGACGGCCAAGCUUUUGAAAGGGUUUCCUUUCGUUGUUGUUUACUCCUAGAUGUUUUUGACAAGAAAGUUAUAUUUUCCUUUCAUUAUAGUUUUAUUGUUAAACAAUAUCAUAUUAGAACAAUAUCAUAUUAGAACAAUG